AUGACAAAAUUCAGGAAGCUGGGUCGACCCACCGGUCACCGGAUGUCCAUGCUCAGAACCAUGGUUUCCCAGUUGGUGAAACACGAGCGUAUCGAAACUACUGUGGCCAAGGCCAAAGAGAUCAGACGACUCGCGGAUAAUAUGGUUCAGCUUGGAAAGGAGAACGGGGAUGAAUCUAUUAAGGGGUUGGUUGAUGCGUGGAAUUUGGAAAUACGAUUAUCUUUUGAUUGUUCAAUUUGUCAAGUUAGGUUGUCUCAGUUUUUCUUGUUUGCAUCUUUUCCACCUCAAUCAGGGCAUAUGGCAAGUUGGGGUUUGGGGGAGGAAUUUUUUAUUGUGAACUUUGAAGUGAAUUUGUCCCUAUAUGAUGAUGAUACACGUAAGGCAUAA